AUGUCGCAACAUGUGCUGGUCACUGGAGGCGCGGGCUUCAUUGGCUCGCAUGUCGCAGAGGCGUUGCUUCGACGAGGGUGCAGAGUAACAAGUGUGGACUCACUGAAUGAGUAUUAUGAUGUGAGUAUCAAAAAGGAAGCUUUGAACCGACUGGAGAUAGUCUCACAGGAGAUUGGCGCUGGCUCUCUGUAUGCAUUCCACUGUAUCGACCUCACCAAUGCAUCAGCUAUAGAGGGAGUCUUGGAUAAGGUUGGGCACGAGGUGGAUGUGAUUUGUCACCUGGCAGCACAAGCGGGAGUGCGGUACUCUAUCGAUCAUGCAGCGGAGGUUGUCGCUGCUAAUAUCACGGCUACGGUCAAUGUGUUCGAACUAGCGAGGAAGCGGAAUAUCAAGAAUUCCGAGUCGGCUGAUAAGCCUAUCUCUCAGUACGCAGCCACGAAACGAAGCUGUGAGCUUUUCGCGGAGACUUAUGCCCAUCUGUAUGGACUGGACAUAAUUAUGCUGAGGUUUUUCACCGUCUACGGUCCCAGAGGACGUCCAGAUAUGGCUUGUUUCAAGUUCAUCGACGCUAUAGAAAAUGGGCGUCCCAUCACCAAGUUCGGGGAUGGCUCUAUGGUACGCGAAUUCACAUAUAUAUCGGAUAUAGUAGAGGGAGUGCUGAGUGCUAUUGACCGACUAGAGCGUCCUGACGGAAGGGGCGUCAUCCAAGGUAGGAUGUGCGAUGGUUGGUAUCGUCUCGAGGUUGCCUUAGUUAAUUUGGGAGGCGGUAGUUGUCACACUCUCAAUGAGUUUAUUGACACAAUAGAGGCUGAGCUUGGUCGAAAGGCGGUGAUUCAGCAGAUGCCGACUCAGCCGGGCGAUGUGUUCAUGACCAGCGCAGACCAGGAGCUAGCGAAGAGGAUCCUUAACUUCACGCCUAGGGUAUCUCUACGUGAGGGAAUACGAGCCACAGUGGAGUGGUAUCGGCAAUGGAAACGAGACCAGGGGAAGCGGGGUGGGUCUAAGACUGCUUGA